CAAAAUUGCUGAGUACUAAAACAGGGUAACAGCUUAUGCUAGGAUUCUACUAUGUUCAGGACAGAACAAUCAACAAGUAAACAAGUUACAUAGUAUCAAAACAGAGGUGAUAGCUUACGUCAGGAACAGCUAACCAAUCAAAGUGACUAGUUCUUAUGUGUACUGAGUUUGCUAAGUUCUAAUCCAGUAUUGGCAGCUGUGCUUGUACAUAUGCACCAAGCUGUACUAAAGAAUUCGAAGAAAUCCACAUCUAAUGGUCGUAUCAAGAAUUAAAGAGAAUAUCCUAGGAAGACUCGUUCCUGCAGCAUGAUUUAAAUGUCCUUGCAGCUGCAGCUUCGGCCCCUCCUCCUCAGAUAGUCCUUGCUUGCAGUCCUUGGACAAAAUGGAACACGAGGAGAUGAGCAAAGUAUCUGAAGCCAAGAUCAAAACAGACUCCAUCUCCAUGGACCAAAGCAAAGUAUCCGAGGCCAAUAACGGCGGAGUAGAUCACUCCAUGGUGGAAACACGUGUAGUUGGAGGAAAUACAUAUGAAGUCAUUGAAGGGAAGGUUGAUUGGAGGGGAAGACCUGCAUUGCGAGGGCGUCAUGGCGGUGUUGGCAAUUCAUUCUUCAUUCUUGCGAAUUUCGGGCUUGAGAACAUGGCCUCGUUGUCUCUGGCCGUGAACCUCAUCCUGUACUUCAUGUUCGUCAUGCACAUCGACCUUGCCGAAGCCUCCAACCUGCUGACCAACUACAUGGGCACCAGCUACAUGGUCGCCGUGCUCAUCUCCGUCUUCGCGGACGUCUUCGUCGGCAGAUACAUGACCGUGAUCAUAUCAUCUCUGAUCGAGCUCGUGGGGCUCCUGCUGCUGAUGCUGCAGGCGCGCUCCGACCGGCUGAAGCCGCCCUCCUGCCGCUACCCCGUAGACCCGACGUGCCAGCGGGUGCACGGCGGCAACGAGGUGCACCUCUACCUGGCGCUGUACCUCAUCGCCAUCGGCUCGGCGGGCAUCAAGGCGGCCCUGCCGGCGCACUGCGCCGACCAGUUCGACGAGAAGCACCCCGAGGAGAAGCUGCAGAUGUCCAGCUGCUUCAACUGGCUGCUGCUUAGCCUCUGCACCGGCGGCGCCAUCAGCGUCACGGUGUUCGUGUAUAUCCAGCAAUACAAGGGCUGGGACAGGGGGUUCGCCGCCGCCGCGGGCGUGAUGGGCCUCGCCGUCAUCGUCUUCAUCGCCGGCAUGCCGAGGUACCGCCUCGCCACCGUGCAAGGCAGCAGUGCGCUGACGGAGAUCUUCCAGGUGUACGUCGCUGCAUUCAGGAACAGGAACCUGCCGCUCCCUGAGAACCCCGACGAGCUGUACGAGAUCAGCAGGAGCAAAGCUUCCCCGGACACGGAGUUUGUGGCGCACAGGGACAAGCCGUUCAGGUUCCUGGACAGGGCGGCCAUCGUUCAGACACCGAAGGAUGCGGCGCCGAACCCGUGGCGGCAGUGCCGGGUGACGCAGGUGGAGCACGCCAAGACGGUGCUGGCCAUGGUGCCCAUCUUCUGCAGCGCCAUCAUCAUGGGCACCUGCCUGGCGCAGCUGCAGACCUUCUCCAUCGGGCAGGGCAACACAAUGGACAACUGGCUCGGCAAGCAUUUCCAAAUGCCGGUGGCGUCGCUGCCCAUCAUCCCGCUCGCCAUGCUCAUCCUCGCCGUGCCCAUCUACGAGCGGCUCUUCGUGCCCUUCGCGCGCCGCCUGACGGGCCUCCCCACCGGCAUCACCUACCUCCAGCGCGUGGGCGUCGGCCUCGUGCUCUCCAUCGUCUCCAUGGCCAUCGCGGCCGCCGUGGAGGUGCGGCGCAAGAAGGUGGUCGCGAGGCACGGCAUGGUGGACAUGAUCCCCGGGCACGACUACCUGCCCAUGUCCUGCUUCUGGCUGGCGCCGCAGUUCGGCGUGUUCGGCAUCGCCGACAUGUUCACCUACGUCGGCCUCAUGGAGUUCUUCUACUCGCAGGCGCCCCGGGCGCUCAAGUCCAUGUCGUCGUCGUUCCUGUGGUGCUCCCUGUCCUUCGGCUACUUCAUGAGCACCAUCAUCGUGCAGGCCGUCAACGCGGCCACCAAGGGCGCCACGGCCAGCGGCGGGUGGCUCGCCAGCAAGAACAUCAACCGCGACCGCCUCGACCUCUUCUUCUGGCUACUCGCCGUGCUCAGCACCCUCAACUUCUUCAACUACCUCUUCUGGGCCAGCUGGUACAAGUACAAGCCCGCGGUCCCACAACCCGAGCAGCAGCAGCAGCAGCAGCAGCAGCAGCAAGAAGUGUAAUGCGUCGUGUCUCCAAU